AUGACAGAUCACGACGUUAUUCAACUUCGCUCAGCUGAUCCGUUCGCAGAUGUGGCCGGUCAAAACUUAACGGAUCUUGGAUCUGGUGGAGCGGGUGUCCAACGAAGUUCCAAUUUAAUCCAUAUACGUGUCCAACAACGAAACGGACGGAAGACUUUAACUACCGUUCAAGGCAUCGGGGAAGAGUUCGACAAGAAACGUCUCCUGCGUGCAUUCAAAAAGAAAUUUGCAUGUAAUGGUACGGUCAUUGACAAUGAUGAAUAUGGUGAAGUAAUUCAACUUCAAGGCGAUCAACGAACGCAUGUCAGUGAAUUUCUUCUCGAAAUUGGAAUUUGCAAAGAAGAGCAAUUGAAAGUUCACGAAAAUUCGAAAAAGAAAAGAAAAAUGACUGAAAAGCAGACGUCUAUGUUAACUGAUGACGAGGCCACGCUCUAUGAUCGACAAAUUCGAUUGUGGGGCGCAGAUGCUCAAUUAAAACUUCGCCAAUCGCGUCUUCUAUUAAUCAAUGUUAACAGUUUAUCACUUGAAGUGUGCAAGAAUCUCUGCUUAGCCGGUGUUGCCAGUAUUACCGUCUUUGACAACACGCAUGUCACAGCUGAAGAUGUUGAAGAGAAUUUAACGUUAACAAUGUCCGCGAACGAUAUCAAUGAAUCGAAAUCUGUUUGUACAUGUCGUGUUUUACAACAAUUGAAUCCACGAGUACAACUGACAGCUGAAUCGACAAUGACCAUAGAUCAAAUCGAUGAGAAAUAUAUCGAACAAUUCGAUUACGUUUGCUUAUUUAAUCAUUAUGAUCUUGCAAUGAUUUCACAUUUGAACAAGCUCUGUCGUGGACAACAGCAAAUAGAUGAAAAUGGAAAGAAACAAGUUCAUUUCUUCUGUGCGGGAACGUUUGGAUUGUAUGGAUUUGUAUUCAAAGAUCUUGGUGAUGUUUAUGAAUAUCUUAGCGAAAAUACUGUUGGAAGCGAAUCAUUGGUCAGAGGUGAUAGUAACAAUGAAUCGAAAAAAAAUGAAAAAAUUACAACUAAAUCUAGUCGGAACUUCGUUUCUUUCGAAAAAGCAUUAACUACCGAGUGGAAACCCAAUCGACGACAAGCAACGACACGAUCAGCGAUAACAACAUACAACAUAUUACGAGCUCUCUUGACAUUCUAUAAAACUCAUCACAGAUCACCGACAUUGGCAACGCAAGAUGUCGAUAUAGCGAAUCUAUUGAGCAUCCUUCGAGAACAAUCGAGUUCGUUCACAGCUUCUGCUUCAACAUCAAACAACAAUGACGAACUAAAUGAAGAACUACUCAAGGAUAUCUUAACAGAUAAUAAUGCAGUGGCGUCUAUUGUUGGUGGUAUAAUGAGUCAUGAUAUUGUCAAAGCAAUCUCAAAGCAAGAACCAAAAGAUAAUUUCUUCUUCUUUAACGGAGUAGCUUGCGUCGGCUUAUCCAUUCCAAUUGCUUGUUGA